AUAUUGAUGGGAUGAAGCUGGGACGGGACAGGACGGGACAAGUCAAAAAUAUCACAGGACAGUCAAAAUGUAUAACACUGCCUGGUGGUAUAUUGUUCAGAGAAGGCUAUAAGCAUUUUGAUUGGUCUUAG